AUGGAGAACGGAUUUCUUGAUAAAGUAGAGGACAAUGCUGCUGUCCGUGUGUGGUCAGAGAAAACACAAUCAGAGAAAGGAGAUAGUCUAGCCGGGGGGUAUACAUCGGAGUUAUGGGACUAUACCCGUAUCAGUGUGACGCAAAAUAGCCUUCAGGAAUUAAAGGUAGACGUACAUUUGUUCCGGGCCAUCACUCAGUUUUGGAACCCCGCGUAUGAUUGCUUUACCUUAGGAGGGGUUGAUUUGGUGUCCACUAUAGAAGAAUAUACAGCUUUGCUACGUUGUCCAAAGAUCCAAGUUGAUAAAAUCUACUCUAGAGUCGUUAAUGUUCCAACCUUUAUAAAGAAGUUGAUGAACAUCACUGGAAUGAGUGAGCAUUGGGUCACGGCACGGAUCAAGCAGAAGGGGGAAAGCAAAUGUAUCCCUUGGAAAAGCCUGCAGGAGUUGAUUUUGGAGCACCCUGAUGCGAGGAAAAGGGUCGAUGCCUUUGCUCUAAGCAUUUAUGGGCUAGUAAUUUUCCCUAAGGCACUAGGGCACGUAGAUGAGGCAACCUCAGAUCUCUUUGACCGACUUGAUAAGAGGGUUACACCUGUUCUGGUAAUUUUGACAGAAACCUUCAGGUCAUUGAAUGCAUGUCGAAGGGCAGGGGAAGGCAGAUUUAUUGGGUGUGUGCAGCUUCUACUUGCAUGGUUAUACAGUCAUUUUUGGAAAAUUGGUAAGGUUUCGUAUCGAGUUUUUUCUAAAAAUUAUUCCCUGUUAAAGGAGAUAGCAGCUACACCAAGGAGAGAUGACAUCUCGAAAGAGAAAUGGUUGGUCAUUCUUCAAAAUCUUCGUGAGGAGGACGUCGAGCGGAGAGCCCCAUGGUUGCUUCCGGAUGACAUCUUGUACCGAUGUGGUAACUUUGAUUGGGUCCCAUUACUUGGAAUCUGGGGAGCUGUUGGUUAUGCUCCAUUGAUGGUGCUAAGACAGUACAUGUCAAGGGAGUUUAUACCUGCAACCCAGGGCUUAGCUGAGUUUAAAUUCUCAUUUAAAGAUAAUGGAUAUAAAAAGAAGAUUCGAGAGAUAACUAUUGCAUGGGAGCAGACUCGACGAAUGAAGAGAUUAGCCGUAGGCCCGACGAUGACUCCUGAAUAUAAUGAAUGGUGGGUUAGAAGAAUCAAUGAUAACAUCCCAAGGCCAAGUCAAGGAGAUAGUCAAUCAAUAGAAGAACAUUUGCGGGUUGUUCCCUCUGAAUUGGAAAUUAUGAAGCACGAUUUUGAUAGGAGAAAUGUGGAGCUUGAAAAGAAGAUCGAGCAGUUGGAAGAAGAAAAGAUGCACUUGGGAUUAGAUGUGGAUGUUCAAAAGUUAGAGACUGAGAAAUUAAGAAAAGGAAAGAACAAGUCUGAGGAAGACUUGGACAGUUUGAAGACAGACUACAAGAAGCUGAGGUUAUCAAGAGAUUCGGGAAGAAAAGAUCAAGGCCGAUGGAUGUGA